CUAUUAAAUAGUAAAUUGGACAAAAAAAAACUUACCAUAUGUUUACCUUUUCUAGUGGGAUAUUCAACUGUUGCUAUUAACCAUGUCAUUGAUUUCAAAGAAAAGAAACAGGAGAUUGUCAAACCAAUAUCUCCUUCAGAACUGUUUCCAUCUUUGCCUAUUGUACAGGGAAAAUCCAAACCAAUUAAAAUUGUAACCAGACUAACACUUGUAGUUUCUGAUCCUUCUCACUGCAAUGUAUUGAGAUCAACAUCUACAAAUAUAAGAUUGUAUGACAUCAUAGCAGUGUUUCCAAAGACAGAGAAACUGUUUCACGUCGCUUGCACAAAUCUAGAUGUGGAUCUGAUAUGCAUAAAUGUAACAGAAAAGCUGCCAUUCUACUUCCGAAGACCCCCUGUUAACAUGGCAAUAGAUCGCGGUGUUUACUUUGAACUUCUUUACACCCCUGCCAUCAAAGACUCCACAAUGAGAAGAUACACAAUUUCAAAUGCUCUGAGUCUGAUGCAGAUCUGCAAAGGAAAGAACAUAAUUAUAUCUAGUGCAGCUGAAAGGCCAUUAGAACUUCGAGGUCCUUAUGAUGUGGCUAAUCUAGGUUUGUUGUUUGGCCUGUCUGAAAGUGACGCCAAGGCAGCUAUUUCUACCAACUGCAGAGCAGUCCUUCUUCAUGGAGAAACCAGAAAGACUGCUUUUGGGGUGGUGUACACCAAGAAAACCCCCCGAGCUUCGGAGGAGGAAGGCGUUCUCCCAGUCCGCAAGAAAGCCAAGACUGAAGUAUGAGGAUCAAACCCCAACUUCUCAGCUUCCAUAAAGUCCUUUCCUCCCAUGCUACCCAC